AAGAGUUACUUCUAGAAUUUUUUCAACAUAAUAAAAAUUCUAAAAAUGAGAAUUCAGAAAGUAAAAGUUCAGAAAGUAAAAGUUUAAAAAGCAAUAGUUCAAAAAAUAAUAGUUCAGAAAAUAAUAGUUAA